AUGCAGCGCUGUUAUCGAGCGAGAGAAAAAAAAUCCUUACAGUCGCCAUGAUACAGCAGCGGAAACGGGGAAGAAGUAGCUAGAAAACAAAAGAGAACACGCAGUCGUCCUCGCGAUUUGGUAUGCUCUUGCAGUGUUAUAGGAAUGCCCAAGGAAAAAUAUGACCCGCCCGAUCCCAGGCGGAUGUACACAAUUAUGUCCAGCGAGGAGGCAGCAAAUGGGAAGAAGUCAUACUGGGCUGAGCUGGAAAUUAGUGGACGAGUAAGGAGUCUCAGCACAGCCCUGUGGUCUCUCACCCACCUCACUGCCCUGCACCUCAGUGACAACUCUCUGUCACGCAUCCCGCCAGACAUUGCCAAACUACACAACCUGGUGUACCUGGAUCUCUCAUCCAACAAGAUCAGGAGCCUGCCGGCAGAGCUCGGCAACAUGGUGUCUCUCAGGGAAUUGCUUUUAAAUAACAACCAGUUGCGAGUUCUCCCGUUUGAAUUGGGGAAACUUUUUCAGUUACAGACACUGGGGUUAAAAGGAAACCCACUUGCACAAGAAAUUAUGAGCCUCUAUCAGGAACCUGAUGGCACACGGAGACUGCUCAGCUACUUGUUAGACAAUCUGGCAGGGGCUAUUAAGCGCAUACCAACAGAGCAGCCACCAGCCAGGUCAUGGAUCUCGCUCCAGGAACCAGACCGAACACGUCCAGCAACACUGUUCUCAGUUAUGUGUUACAAUGUGCUGUGCGAUAAGUAUGCCACACGACAGCUAUACGGCUACUGCCCCUCCUGGGCUCUGAACUGGGAGUACAGGAAGAAAUCUAUCAUGCAGGAAAUCCUCGGCUGCAACGCAGACAUCAUCAGUUUGCAGGAAGUGGAAACGGAGCAGUACUUCAAUUUCUUCUUACCAGAGUUGAAAGAGCAGGGAUACGACGGGUUCUUCAGUCCAAAGUCACGAGCUAGAACGAUGUCCGAGUCGGAUCGUAAACAUGUGGACGGAUGUGCAAUCUUCUUCAAAACAGAAAAAUUCAGCGCUGUGCAGAAGCACACAGUGGAGUUCAACCAGCUGGCCAUGGCUAACUCCGAAGGCUCAGAGGCGAUGCUGAACAGGGUGAUGACCAAGGACAACAUUGGAGUAGCUGUGCUGCUUGAAGUCCGCAAAGAGAUGAUGGAAAUGUCUUCUGGUAAGUCACUCCACGGCCUGGACAAGCAGCUCCUGCUGGUGGCAAACGCCCACAUGCACUGGGAUCCCGAGUACUCGGAUGUCAAGCUGGUCCAGACCAUGAUGUUCCUGUCGGAGGUGAAGAAUAUCGUGGACAAGGCAACACGCAGCUUCAAGCUGUCCACCUCUGGUGAGACCAAUGCCAUUCCAGUGGUGCUGUGUGCUGACCUCAACUCCUUACCCGAGUCUGGUGUAGUCGAGUACCUGAGUUCAGGCGGAGUGGACUGCACCCACAAGGACUUCAAGGAGCUUCGCUACAGCGAUAGCCUGACCAAAUUCAACUGCAACGGCAAGAACAGCACUUCUAAUGGCAGGAUCACCCACGGCUUCAAGCUCAAGAGUGCUUAUGAGAACGGCCUAAUGCCUUACACCAAUUACACCUUCGACUUUAAGGGUGUCAUCGACUAUAUUUUCUACUCCAAGCCUCAUCUGAACGUGUUGGGCAUCUUGGGCCCCCUGGACCCUCACUGGCUCGUAGAGAACAAUGUCAGCGGCUGCCCACACCCCCACAUCCCCUCUGACCACUUCUCCCUCUAUGCUCAGCUGGAGUUGCUCUUGCCCAAUGUGCCCUCCCAGGUCAACGGGCUGCACCUGCCCGCACGCAGGUAGUGAGACCCUGCCAUGCCACCAGGGGGAGCUGCGACCACAGCUUCCCCCUCUACCAGCUCUUACCUCCGCCGCCUCUGGAGGAGGAAGACCGAAAAACAACACAACCUGUAAAAUAUUCGUACAGUGAGGUCUGGCUGACAGGGAUUUCGUAUAAAAUGUUAUAGAUAUUCUAUAUUUUUCUUUUUUUCUUUGUGUUUUUUUUUUUUUUUUUUUUUUUUUUCCCCCCCUUCUUUUUACGCCCUUUUUUAACUGCUUGGUUCAGUCCUGUUUAUGCAUCACGUGUUUUGGACUUCCUCUUCUCAUCCGGUUCACAACCCCCCCACCCCACCCCUGCAUACAUUUUUUUUUUUUUUUCCUGUCUUUCAAGCUAGAGGGGAUGGUAGCUCAUUCAGAUUCAUCACAUGAGGCUCUGUGUGGUUUUAAUGGGGAACCUUAAAAAGCGGCUGAGUGGGUGACAUUUAGCUGAAAAGCUGCAGAGCUGUCUGUCUGUCCCUGUAUAAAUCCAAAACCAGCAAAGACAGCAGACUUGUCAGUCUCAGUUCCCUCCAUGUUUGGCUCGUGCUCGCUAGCCAUCUGUACUCAGCCGGCGUAGAUUCUCGGCCUCUCCAAGAUGCGCACAUUUGGGCUUCGGGUUGAAGCAACUUUUUCAUCUCUAGCUAAGCAUCCCAGCAAAGCGGAUGCGCCGCAGCUGAUCCGAGGGGAUCUUUCCUGCUGUCAUUCUGUGGUGCUCAGGCCUUUUUUGUGUGGUCACGGCCUCCUGCGGUGCUACAAGAUAGUCCACACCUCUGACCCCCUGGUCCUGGUGCAUAAGAAGCAGAAUUACGUGACAUCGGCAGUUCGGAGAAAAAGGAAAAAGUGAGAAACUGAGAGCAGCUACCAUCCUGUUUGCAGACAGUUUCACCCCGGCUUGUAUAGUUGUUAUGCUAGUCAUGUGCUUAGGAGCUCAUGUGGCCCAAGAAUCACCUUUUUUAGAGUAAGGAGCGAGGGACCUAGGCCGACUGGCGAAGCGAUGGGAGGUAGGGGGGCUUUCACAGACCUUUUCAUUGACGUCAUUUGCGUUUUGCCAGAGAGUGAAAAAUGGCUGACGAGUAAAACCAGCAUUCCUCUCUCUAUCAGGAGAUGACCUCCAACUUCACUCAUGCAACAUCACACACACACACACACACAUGCAGGUAAUUUUCAGGCAGAUGUGUAGCACUGUCUCCAAGGCCAGUAGUGACUCCUCCCCCUGCCCCCGUCACCCCCAGCCAUACGUUCACACAUAGAAGCAGUGAUUUUUCACAAGUGUUUGUACAGAAUAGAAACCUUAGACUCAGUCUUUACAUGAUUGUAUAUGAACCACAAAAAGACCUGUUUUCUGGCAUUUUUUUGUACGAAGAGUAAAUUAUGGUCAGAUUAAGAAGAAGAAAAAAAAAAAAGAUUGUAUUGUAAACUAUGGCUAAAUUUUUAUCCAGUUAAUGUUGAGAUGAAUUAAUAUUACCAGCUUGUACAAAAGACGUAAGAGGAGGCUGCUCGCCGCGUUCGCCGUCUCUUCUUUGCACUCCCGAGAGAUUAACUGUAACGCAUCAGUAUUGUUUUGGCUGAUUUGCUUUGAUGUAAAUAGACAGUUGAUUUUUUUUUUUUUUUUUUUACCUGUUGCUUUCUGCCCAUUAACAAAGCAAACGAUCCAGGCUGCUGCCGACGGUUUGGACGAAACGUCACGCAGCACCGAUUCGCAUCUGUUCAUCUGGCUCCAAAGCGAAGUGUAAACGACACAACACGGAGAAGUCCCGCGCGUACGCCCCGAACUCACUGUAGCAGUUGAUGUUGUCUUGCACUAUUUGCAUGCGGCGAACGCCCGAGCAGCCUCCUCUCCUUUUAUUUUUAAAUACUGUUGAGACAUUUGUGAAGAUUUUAUGUCCUUUUUUUCUUUUUUUUUUUCUUUUUUCUUUUUGUUAAUGUUUAUUUCAUUUUUUUUUAUGAGAUGUGACAAUGUAAUGAUGAUGUGUAUAUCCUUCCUAUUCAUUGAGCUCUCUAGUAAUCAGGUAUGCUUUCUCCACCCACCCCCUCUCCUCCACUAUACGGAACAUGAAUUUAUAAAUUCACUUGGAACGUUUUUUGUUUUGUUUUGGGGUUUUUUGCCCCCAGAUUACCUAAUCCCUCCUAGCUUCCUUCCUGGCCACAAAUAGCCCUGAGCUUUUAUCCAUCACCCCCACCAUAAACCAUCCAACCUCAGACUUUUUCCUGCUACUCUUCU